AUGACGAUGCCGCAAGAAUUAUACAGGGCAUACAAUCAUGUUAAAGAAGUUAUUUACAAAACUAACCAGAGCGAACAUAAACUGAAACUUGCUAAAUCUGAAUUAAAAGAAUCUUGGAAUGGAAUCACUGAUCAGGAGUCAGAUGAAGGGAAAUUCGGAUUUUUACAAUUAGAUUAUCCCGAUCAAACUGUUAUGAACGAUCGUUUAUCGCAGUUCAUUCAAAUUUCCUAUACUUCGUCAAAAGAAUCGAUGAUACGGUUCAUUAUUGAAGCUUAUCAGCUUCCUCUUCCUCGUCUCAUUCUCUCAAUCCAGACGGAUUAUAUCAAUAGCGAGAAUCCACUCAAGGAACGGUUUUCCAUUCAAGAAGAAACCAAGCGUGCUAUUCAGCGUGGUUUAACAGAAGCGGCAAAGACAGCGAACGCGUGGGUUAUGACAAGCGGCGUAAACCACGCUAUGAACCGUCUAGUAGGAGAAGCUUUGUGCGCUGACGACGACGUUCCAUGUAUCGGAUUGUGCAGCUGGCCACGUUCACUAGGCCAUGGUCAACUAGAAAGCAGAGUGAUAGAUGGAACGCAUUCAAUUCAGAACAGUGAUAAAGUGUUCGAUCUUGAAAAUGAAUGCGCUACAGACUGCGUUGGAAGACAAAGAUCUUCAUCCUGGUUCUCUGGGAAAAUUCGUCAAGUAUUCAAGAAUCGACAAGCUAGUAAUCCCUCGCACGCUGCUGGUACACAUACCAAUUCGUUAUAUUUAAUGUCGAAUCAACAAUUUCCCAUUUACAUUCACAAAUACGAUCAAACCAACAGCAUUUACAAUUUAGAACCGAAUCACAGUCAUUUUCUUCUCUUCGAUCAUAUUCCAAGUGAAUGGAAGAUUGGGAUUACCAUACGUCAGGAUAUUGAGGACAGCCUUGAUUCUAUACUAAAGUCAGAAAUGGUUGGCUAUGAUCGAUGGAAUAAAUUUGGCAAUGAUAUUCCAACAGUUCUAUUAUUACUCGGUGGCAAUAUUACAACACUAGAGGCACUAUAUUAUCGUAAAUUUAGAGAUCGUACACCGAUCGUCGUUGUUCGGGGCACUGGUGGACUAGCUGACAUCAUGGCUGAUAUUGCUGACUUCUCAAAUACAAGCGAUAAAAAAGUUGGGUUGAGCCCUGAAGAAUGGAAAACACAUCAUGAGUCCUCUUGUCUAAAAUACAAAGAGAGAUUGCUACGUCUGAGCGAUGGAAAAGAAAAAUAUGACAAAGAGAAUAGCGAUGACAUCGAAAAUCAUGGGAACAACGGCAGAAGGGAUGGAGAAGACGACUGCUUAGAUAAUGAUGAUGAUGCAGAGGAGCGUGACGAUACAGAGAACGUUGAAGACGACACCGAGGAUGGGAAGGGCAACGCGACAGAAAGUGACGGCAAUCCUCAUGGCCAUGGCUAUAACACUGAGAAAUACAUAGAGGAAUUAAUGAGAUCUCAUGAACUCAUUGUCGUAUUUGAUCCCAUUGGAGGCGAUGGCAACCUGGAAGAUGCGAUCGCUGAUGCAAUGUUAAAGAGAAUAUAUUUUUUAUAUCAGAACUACGGUAUUUCCAAAUAUGACUCGUUAGCUAUGGAAUUGAAAUGGUGUUUAACCUGGAAUCAAGUUGAUCACGCAAGACAAAAUGUAUUUGCUGAACAUGUAUUUGAAAAUAUGACAUCUUCAGAAACAAUGCAAGGAUUCGUGAGUACAUUUUAUAAGUUGGCUGAAUCUUUCCAGUCAACUUGCAUGACUGAACGAGAUUUUGGUGUAUUUGAAAAACUUGAUCAAAAUCUUGAUGCGUAUUCAAUAAACAUUGAAUCUGCAAAAUGCAUCCGUAUAAGUCAAACUGAACUAUAUCGUUUAGAGAAACAAUACGAAUUAUCUCUGUUUUGGCAUAAUUAG